CCGAGAUCAAUGAACCAGGCGAUUUACCGAAACUGGUCGGACGAGCCUAGGUGGGAAUAAACCAUCGAUCAAGAGCGAGCUUUUUAUCAAGCAGAAAUAUUUAUCUGCUCAAGCACGGAUUAUCACUUCACUCCGAAGCCAACAUUAAAGUGUGCGAUGUGGAAAAUUUACAGUUCUCUACUGUAACCUAAUAUCAACUGAUUUUGAGAGUAGGCUUUUUAAUUCAUCGUUGGGUCACAUAACAGAGGGGAAUACAGGAUGAUCUUCGCAAAUACGGCCAAUCCACUGAGAACUUCGUCAUAUCGAAAGCAGCCUCCUGUUGCUCCGCCCACCCUCCCGAUGGCCCCGCCCAGCCCGAGCACCAAUAGCAGCACCAACAACAGCAGUAGCAGCAGCAGCACGACCGGCUGGGAGCAACUCAGCAAAACAAACCUCUACAUCCGCGGGUUACCGCCAGGAACCACCGAUCAUGACCUUGUCAAACUCUGCCAGCCAUAUGGUAAAAUCGUGUCCACCAAAGCCAUUCUUGACAAGACUACAAACAAAUGCAAAGGAUAUGGGUUUGUGGAUUUUGACAGUCCAGUGUCCGCGCAAAAAGCCGUCACAGCACUAAAGACCAGUGGAGUUCAGGCUCAAAUGGCCAAGCAACAGGAGCAGGACCCGACUAACCUGUACCUGUCCAACUUGCCCGUGUCUAUGGAUGAGCAGGAGCUAGAGAACCUCCUCAAACCCUUUGGACAGGUCGUGUCCACCCGAAUUCUCCGCGACCCUAAUGGAGUUAGCCGGGGAGUGGGCUUUGCCAGGAUGGAGUCUACAGAGAAGUGCGAUGCCGUGAUCUCUCACUUCAACGGGAAGUUCAUUAAGUCCUCCUCUGGGAUGCUGGGUGCAUCAGAGCCUUUGUUGUGUAAGUUUGCUGACGGCGGUCAGAAGAAGAGACAAAGUCAGGCUAAAUAUGUCCCUAACGGACGAACCUGGACACGGGACGCUGAGGUGAGACUAAGUGGAAUGACCUUGACCUAUGACCCCAAUACCACCCUUCAAAAUGGGUACUAUGCUGCUCCUUAUGCUAUGGGGAACCGGUUAAUGGCUCAGCCAGGAGUGUCUCCAUACAUCUCUACAUACCAGGUACAGAAUCCUUCAUGGAUGCAACAUCAGCCUUACAUCAUGCAACACCCAGGAGCCGUUCUGUCGCCCUCUAUGGAGCAUCCCAUGUCACUGCAGCCGUCCGCUAUGUUGGCUCCCCUCACCCAGCAGAUGGGCCAUCUCUCUCUGGGCGGCACUGCGACCUUUAUUCCUGCCAACACAGCAAUGCCAGGAGCUUACAUCCCUCAGUACGCCCACAUUCAGCCCGCUGCCAUCCCUCCUGAGCAGGAAAAUGGUGUACAGCCACAAGAUGUGUCCUCUUCGGAUCCUUCAUCAUACUCUUUUCAACCCAACAAGCAAUAAAAUGGUUCUGAAAUCAGAGCCAGGCUACCGUACGAGCCGUUGCUACGGUAACAACGUUUGCUUUCUCUUAGAGGAAGUGACAUCAGAGAGGAAGCGACGCUCGCGCACGGGUUCCGGAAAAUUUCGUCCACGAUUUAAUCAUCUACUAAAAGAGAUCAACAAGAAACCUCAGAAAACUCUUGUGCAAACAUUUUCUCCAACAAAUCAAGACAAGGCAAUAUCACAUCAACUAUGGACAACAAAAGGGAGCAGAGUUUUAUUUUGCUAGAAAGAGGAAGGAGAAGAUGACAAAUGCUUAUUUUUUACCAAGAACUUUUAACACAGACCAUGUCUGUGAGUAACAGUGAGUGAUGAUGAUGAUGAUGAUGACACCUUUCGAUGCAUGAUGUUUUUUUUAAAUAUGGUUUUUAUUAUGUUUUUACGGACUGUUUCUCAAACAGACAAAAGAAAAAAAAUAUGCGGUUGCAGUCGAAAUGAAGAGGUUUCUGUUUGCUUUUUGGUCUUCCACUCUUUGCCUUUUUAGUAGUUCAAAUAUUUACCUUUUAAAUGGUGGGUGGGGUUUAGACAGACUGAUGCAAUGCUUGCUGGCGAUUGGUUCUUGCUCCUGUUUCUCAAAGCAAUGGCUUUCCCGUUUCCUUUUUUAAUGUUGCUCUGAAUCAAACAUGAUUUGUUUCAUAGAUUGUGUGGGUCUUUCUUUCCAUUGAAUUCAUGUGUAAAGUCUUUCGGUAGAUGUAGAAGUGGGUGUUGAGAUGAGGGUGGGUGGGGUUUCGUGGGAGGCGGGGCAUGUGUGGGUGUGGUUAAGAUCACUAAGGGAUGUGGGCGGGGCUAAUAAAAGGGAUAUUAUGGAUUUGUGAAAGUUGACAUUUUCCCAUCUGUUCAAAGGAUGAUUGCGAUUUUUUUAUUUUAUUUUCAGCGCCGUUUUUUUAAUUUAUUUUAUAUUUUUUCUUUCAUUUUUUUUUUGUUUUACACAUCAGGAUUUCUUUGAUGCGCAGAUUAAAGGCAGAAGUGCAAUGUUUCUUUAGGUAGAAAACAAUAUACAAAUUUAACCAAAUAGUUGAGGCCUAACAGAUUGUAAGCAUACGAUUUUUUGCAUAUAAUGCAUUUCGGAAUAAAUAAUGUAAAACGUUCAAUUUAAUAAAUAAAUAAUUUAAUAAAAAAAAAAAACAUGCAACUUCAAGGCAACUAUCACAACUUCCACCAAAGACAUUUUCUGCCUGCUAUUGAACACAAUAGUAUGGACUACUGCAAUAGGUUUUGGUCAAACUGAAUGGUAGUUUGUGUCUUUUGCGUCAAUCUCAGCUUUAAUCUAGUUUUCGUAGGUGUGGACACAUGAACAUCUCUAAGCAGUUGGAUGGAGGGAAGACUUGAUCGCGGGUUCAUAACAUGGUUGUAAACAAGGCUUUCAUCUGUCUGUCUUACAGUUAGUUAAGCAGAUUUCUGUGUGUCUGUGUGUGAUUGUGUAUUUAGAUGUCCAGGUCAGCUUGGCCUUUGAUCUACCUCAGAGUUUUAUCUGUUGUCUGAUUGGUCGGGCUGCAGGUCUAUCCUGUCCAAUCAGAUGUAAAAGCGCCAGCUCAGGAGCUGGUGUCAUGCAGAACUUCAUCUUUAAUGCGUCUAUUUGUCCUCCUCUUUAAAGAAACAUCUAUGUUUUGUAUCUGUAUGUUUUUCUGUUGGUGUUUUUUUUUUUUUUUUUUUUACAUUUCAUUGAGAUGUUUUGAGCUUAAUUGUGUGGAGAUUUUUUUAUGUUCUUCUUUUUUUGUUUGUCCAUUUUAUUCCUGAUAGGUGCAGUAAAAAGAGAGGCUUGUAUAAUUGUUCCUGCGUUUGUUUCUUUCAUUUUUUUUCUUUCAAAAAUUCAUGUAAACUACCUUCUCUGGAAUUUUUUCACUUUGCUGUAGCCUCUCCAUGUUUAGAGGCCUAAUCUGAAGAACCAAAGUUAAAAAUGAUCAUGGUGACUAAUGUGUGUCAAAAAGCAGCACAUCAUAAUUUCAUUGGACAGAUAGAGUGUCUUUAUUUCAGUCAAAGUAGACGUUUCAGCAAUCAUUCAUCCAGUGUAUAAAUACAGGACUGUUGUUGAAAAUAUUAAUCUUUAAAUUUGUUUGAAUGAACACCUGCCACUUGCACAUCCAGGCUUUUUCGUUUGUUUUUAUUUCUACAUUUUUUUCUGUUGUGAAAAGAUUUUUUUUAAUUAAAAGAGCUCAAACUUGUGUUUUUGAGUUUGGUUUGCAA